AUGUCGACACAAAGCCUUCCCGGAAGGCCCGGAAACCUGACGGCCGAGCAGGACGAGCAGCUGCGCAAACUGUGGACGCGCGUCUUUGAGGUGUGCGGCAUAGUCGACCCUGCUGGCGCAACAGCAGCACCCAACGCUGAUUCGGUUGCGCCGGAACCGCUAGCGGCAGCGGACCGCAAACUUUCCGAACCAGAUGGGGACAAAACCAAGAAGAAGCGACUGGGCCUCUUCUCGAGGAAAAGCAAGAAAGAUGUGGAAAAGACAUCCGAGAACGGCAAGACGCCCGACAAGCCAGAGACGCCGUCUAUCGCAUCUAGCAACAAGACCGCCGCAGGCGACGUCAAGGAGGGCGACCCAGAAGACAAAUACGGACAGAACAAGAUUUUCCUCGACACCUUGGCUACGCAGUCACCCGAGUCGCUGCGGGCCACCAUAUGGAGCAUGACCAAGCACGACAACCCGGAUGCGUUGAUGCUACGGUUCUUGCGCGCGCGCAAGUGGGACGUGGAACGAGCUCUUGUCAUGUUCAUCUCUUCUAUCAGUUGGCGCGCCACCGACGCCCAUAUUGACGACAAAAUCAUGCGCUGGGGUGAAGGCGGUGCAGCAGAGGAUGCAGCCAAGGGUGAAGGCGAUGCUCAGAAGCUCGGGCAAGACUUCCUCAAGCAGAUGGAGCUGGGCAAGAGCCUCAUACAUGGUGUCGACAAAGCGGGCAGGCCAAUUUGCCUGGUCAGAGUUCGCAUUCACAAGGCGGGAGAGCAGUGCGAAGAGUCCGUGGAAAGAUACACAAUUUUCCUGAUAGAGACCACAAGGCUUCUGAUCAGGCCGCCAGUCGAUACCGCGACCAUCAUCUUCGACAUGACCGGAUUUUCCAUGGCCAACAUGGACUAUGCGCCUGUUAAGUUCAUGAUCAAGUGCUUCGAGGCCAACUUCCCGGAAUGCCUCGGUGCCGUGCUCGUCCACAAAGCUCCAUGGAUCUUCCAGGGUAUUUGGCGAAUCAUCAAGGGGUGGCUUGACCCCGUGGUGGCCAGCAAGGUGCACUUCACAAACGACGCCAAGGCAAUGGAGGAGUUUGUGGCGCUCGACAAGCUUCCAAAGGAGCUUGAUGGCGAGGAGGACUGGCAGUACAAGUACACUGCGCCAGUUCCGGGCGAGAACGACAAGAUGAAAGACACAGCAACACGCGACAAGCUUCUGGCAGAGCGCGAACUCAUCUACCGACAAUACGAGGACGCGACGCUGCGCAUGAUCCGGGACCCCACGGAUCAGGCCGCCCGCAAGGAGCGCACCGAGAUAGUAACGCGCAUGCGGACGCAGUACUGGCAGCUGGAUCCCUACAUCCGCGCUCGCUCGUGGUAUGACCGCACAGGAGUGCUCAAGCCCGACGGGAGCAUCGAUUACUACCCCGCCACGGCGACGAAUGGGACAGGGGCUGCGUCUCCGCCACCAGUCCAAGGGACCAGCAGCGGAAGCAGUAGCGUGGUCGAGGCUCCUAACGAGAAGGUGGCCGUGGAGCAUUCUACCCCAGUCGUGGUUCCCGUCAAUGGGGUAGCGUAG